AGAAUAUGGAUAAGUAUGAGACACUGAAGAUAUCUGUGCCAAAAGAAUUUAUUUAUAUGGUGCAGAUGAAUAGACCAGAAAAACUGAAUUCACUCAAUCACACUAUGUGGAAAGAAUUCACAGCAUGUUUCAAUGAAUUAGCCAUAGAACCAGAAUGCAGAGUAAUAAUUCUUUCUGGUGCUGGCAAGGCAUUUUGUGCAGGCAUCGAUGUAAAGGGUAUAAUGAACAUAGGCCAAGAAUUAGCAGAACACGAAGAUAUUGCCAGGAAAUGUAAAGUUUUACAUUUGAAAAUAAAAGAAUACCAAGAGAGCUUUAAUGCAAUAGAAAAGUGCCCCAAACCAGUGAUUGCAGCUGUACACGGUGCAUGUGUCGGAGCUGGUGUUGAUAUGAUAUCUGCAGCAGAUAUUCGUUACUGUUCUACAGAUGCAUGGUUUCAAAUAAAAGAGGUGGACGUAGGUAUGGCUGCUGAUGUUGGCACGUUGCAACGAUUUCCAAAAAUCUUGGGUUCUGACAGCUUAGUUAGGGAGCUUGUAUAUACAGGAAGGAAAUUUCUAGCUGCUGAAGCUUUGCAACAUGGUUUCGUAAGUCGUCUUCUAGAUGAUCAAGAAAGUUUAUUGAAUAGUUCAAUGACUCUUGCGGAGGAAAUAGCGAGCAAGAGCCCAGUCGCAGUGCAAGUUUCAAAGUUGAGUUUAACUUACUCAAGAGAUCAUACUGUCCAAGAGAGUCUGGACCACAUCGCACUGUAUAAUCAAGCUAUGCUGCAGAGUGAAGAUUUUAUAAAUGCUGCUAUCGCACAAGCUACUAAGGGUGACCCACCACUCUUUGCUAAGCUAUGAGACUGCAUAGUAUUAUAUAUGAAAUACAUAAAUAUUUAUAUAUAUACACAAGAUGAUGUUGAAAUUUAUACAUUUUUAUGUACAGACG